AUGGCACCAAGGUCAGUUAACUCUUCUGCCCAAAUUUCACCAGACAUACUGCGUUUGCUUCAGAAAUCAGAGUUAGGACUUGAAGAAUUGAAACAAAUUCAUAAAUAUGCGAAAGCUAACCCUCAGCACCUCAUAAAUCAAACUAGUCGUUUGGAAUUAUUGAUUACCAAAAUUAUUAACCCUACGGAAUGUACUUGCUCGGCCAGAACAGCUACACAUUUUGAUCUGUCAUGCAAAAAUCCGGAAAUAGAGGAAAAAAUUCAACUGGCAGCAGAGUGCUUUGCAAUGUUGCCUUUCUUGAAAAGUUCACCACAACGUCUUCAAGAGUACCAGUUACGUCUAGCUAGAUGUCUUAGCGAAACCUUAUGUUGUCUACUAGACAUCAACCGCUUAUCACAUGCAACUUUAUCAACAGUUCAAGCGUAUUUAAGUUCUAAAGUUGACUACUUCUCUUGCAUAACUCCAGUUGAUAAGGUGAAGAAAUUGUCGGAGGACUUCUCAAACUUCCUGUAUUUACGUGCUGAGUUUUUCACAUAUUCCCUACGCUGCAUCUUUCUGCGUGACUCGGCAACGUAUAUUGACAUUUGUUUACCUGUUUUCAUGUCAUUAUUCAAUGGUUUCUUCGAAGUAAGACUAACAGAAAAUGAAUCUGUAUCGGAUCGUUUGUUAACAACUUCUAGUCGUCUAAUGCUGUGUUUAAGUACUAUAUGCCAGACUGUAGGCACGCUAAUUAUGCCUGCUGUCCCUUGUUUACUGACUUUUCUUACAUAUCACUUGGAGUGGACUACUAAUUGGCGACUCGAUUUCAAGCGCAUGGAAUAUAUUGUACGUCUUCGUUUAGGUAGUAUUUCGUGCUUGAUAAAUCUUGCUACUAAAAACUUGAAGCUUUCGUAUUCAUAUUCACUGAAUUAA